AGGCAGCAGGACCUGUUUCGGGUGCUGAAGGCAUACACCCUAUACCGCCCAGAGGAGGGCUACUGCCAGGCCCAGGCCCCCAUCGCCGCCGUCCUGCUCAUGCACAUGCCGGCCGAGCAAGCGUUCUGGUGCCUGGUGCAGAUCUGUGAGAAGUAUCUCCCCGGCUACUACAGCGAGAAGCUGGAGGCCAUUCAGCUGGACGGGCAGAUCCUCUUCUCCCUGCUGCACAAGGUCUCGCCCGUGGCCUACAAGCACCUGAGCAAGCAGAAGAUCGACCCCAUCCUGUACAUGACAGAGUGGUUCAUGUGCGCCUUCUCCCGCACCCUGCCCUGGAGCUCCGUCCUGCGCGUCUGGGAUAUGUUCUUCUGUGAAGGGGUGAAGAUCAUCUUCCGUGUGGGCCUCGUGCUGCUCAAACACACCCUGGGCUCCUCGGACAAGCUCAAGUCCUGCCAGGGCCAGUACGAGACCAUGGAGAGGCUGAGGGCCCUCAGCCCCAAGAUCAUGCAGGAGGCCUUCCUGGUGCAGGAG